GCAGUAUACAAUUGAUGUUGGCCUAUCAUAGCCGCAUUUUCUUUUAGGUGUUUUAUGCACAUUUUUUGCUGAUAAUUACUACUGCUUAUUUACUGGACAUAAAAGCCACCAACUGGAUUGGUCCAUCUUAACUCAACGUUCAAAAAAAAAGAUAUUAAAUAAAAAGUGUGAAAAAUGGCUGAAUUUGUUGAAGAAAUCCGUGAAAGGCUUUUGCCCGAAUAUGAGCAAAUGAAAACAUUGGGAAUUUGUCCGGACGAUCAAAUACGUGAAACAAAACGCAAACGUGAGAACUUGCUGAAUAAGAUAUUUCAGAGUCAAAGAUCCGUGGCAGAUUAUGCUGAUUUUAUACGCCAUGAAAAGUUAAUACAUAAAUGGAUAACAGAAAAAGAAAGAAGUCAAGGACAAAAUUUGAGCGAAUUGAAGCAUUCUAUUGUUACACGUAUUAUAAAACUCUAUCGAGAAGGAUUACGUUUUUGUCCUAAUGAAGAAAGGCUGUGGGAUAAUUUUAUAAUGUUUUCGAAAAAAUCCAUACCGCAUGAAGUCACAGGUAUAUAUGAGAAAAUGUUGGCGUACCACGGCGAUAAACCAACGGUAUGGUGCAAUGCUGGCCUUUGGGUCCAUGAAAACGUCUGUAAUAUACAAAAGGUUAAGGAGAUAUUUUUCCGUGCCCUUCAAAGACAUCCCGACUCGGAGGCAUUGAAUAUUACCUUCUUCAUUAUACUCCUUAAGGAGGCAUCAAAAAUGAGUUGCACUCCAACAUCGAAAACAGCUCCUAGUGAACAGGAACUAGGAUUGGAAAGAGCCGCCUUGGUUUAUCGUAAUAGCAAGACAAAGAUUUCCAAUGUUUUCUAUUUUAUGAAAUUGUUAAAAGGUUGCGAAGGAGAACAGUAUGUUAAUAUAACUGCGUCCUUACAAAAAGAAAUAAUCGAUGAUUUGAUGAUCAAUUUCUCUCGCGAAGAGUCUGUUUGGGACGCCUUGGCACAGAGAGAACUACAAGGCCUUAGUAUGAUAGACCUAAAGUCCAUGUCUUCGAAAUCAUCAAUAAUAAUAGAAGAAAAUAUUCCUCAAAAGCCAAUCCUUGCAACAGGUGACGCUGAAAGAAGCCAAACAAGCGAAGAUAGAGAAGACAAAUUGUUCCCUAAAGGAAAAUCCAUGUGGCAAGUACGUACUUUAAAGCGGCGCAUCGAGUUAUGUGUGCAUGUUUAUCAAGUGGGCGUUCGCACUGUACCCACAGCCACAAUGUUUUCAAAUUUCAUCAAUGCAAUGCUAAAAUUAAAUCAAGAUCUAACAAAUCAACCUAUUUUGAAACGUAAAUGCCUCGCAAUUGCGUUCAAAGAAGGGCACACCUUCAAACUUAUGAACGAGGAUCAUUACUAUGCUUGCAUAAAAAUGUUACUAAAAGGCGCUAAAGGAGUAGAAAACGCUACCAAAAUGUUAACAGAAGCAACACAUUUGAAGAAAACUUUAUUGUACUAUGAAAUGUGGAUGGUUGUGUAUAUGACUGAGAAUAAUGAUAAAAAGUUUUUAGAAAUAUUUCGUAAAGCCAAGGAUCAAUUGGAACCUGCAUCUUCUGUGUCACUUUGGCGUAUGGCCAUUACUUUCUUUAAAACUCGUCCUAGCGAAGCUAACGAGAAGUUUUUAAAAUUUUUCAAGGAUGCCGCCAUGCAAUUAAGUUUAGAGUUUGCUCCCUUCAGAGCAGAUUAUUUAGAAUAUAUUUCUGCCACGUCGACUUUGGAUAGGACUCGGAGAGAAUAUGACGAAUUAAGUAAAAUGCCGCCUCCUUGUUUGGAAUUGCAUCGAAAAAUGGCCGACGUCGAGAGUAAAGCCUUGUCAGUGUUUCGGGUAGACAAGUCCAGAUGGCGGAAAUGCUAUGAAAAUGCUACACAUUACUUUGGUAAAACUAAUUCUCAAGUGUGGAUUGAUUAUAUUAAAUUCGAACGUGACCAAGGGGAUCCGAAAAAUAUGGCGCACUUAUACGAAAGAGCUAAAAGCACUUUAGAUAAGCAACUAGUUGAUAAUUUCAUGACCGAAUUUACUUUACUCAAAGCAAUAAUAUAAACAAUCCCGUUCAUGCAUGCGCACAAUUUUGCUUCUUUGCGGGACACUGCUAUUCUUUCCAACUUAUCGAUACCACAGGAACCGCCUCAUUUCGACCUACGCUGGCCACUGCUGCAACUACAUCCAUCUCGUUUUCAGCGGGCCUCAGUUGAUGGCCGGAUAACCCAAUUCGUGACAACAUCUCAAAACAUCAGUGAAUACAUUUAUAUAUUUACAAAAUAUAUACGCACCACCUUGUGUUUAUAUUAUACCA